AUGUCUGAGACAAGCGAUAAUGCAAACACACCAACCUCCAACGAACCGGUCUCCAGUGAACCCGGUCUACGUGUGGACCUAAAAGAGGCACCCAAGCCGCAGUUGUCUGUGUCCGAGAUCACACAGAAAUUGAGCUCCGAAUUGAACGACGCGCUAGACGAACUGGCAAAAAUAGAUAAGGCUCUCAACCGAACUUACGACAGCAUCGAACGCAAGAUCGGCCAACUAGUCAAACACACGAAGGUCAUUUCCGCUCCGGGCUUCAACUCGGUAGAGUCGUAUCUUACUUACGCGCAGGUCGUUGGAACGUCUCCGAAAUCAACAGUGUUUAGGGGAUCUUUGUACGAAAUAUCAUUUGCAGACUUCCUUGCUCAUCACCUAAAUUUGAAACGAAUAGUACUCCAAGGAGGUGCCAACGAUGGAGGGAUAGAUAUGCAAGCCACCUGGAACCUGAAGCAGCUGAAACGUGAACCUGAAAAGCCUGCAGACUCCUACUUGGGCCCUGCUCUCAAGCACGUUGUUCCAUUUGUUGAGCAAAAACAGAAUGAUGCCUUCAAAGUGCAUUUGUACGUGCAAUGCAAAUGCUGGAAGCGAAGCAAAAUGGACGCUAAAAUGGUCCGUGAGCUCACAGGGACAUUUGCAGACUUCUUUGCUAGAGAAAAGCUACAAAAUAGAGCGUUGGUCAUGUUUGUCACUCCUACAGGUGCCACGAAAGUCGGGCUCGCAAAUUUUGACUCAAGCAUGGUCCCCAUGAUAUUUGUCAAGUUUAGCGACGGGCAGAAAGUUUCUACUGCAAUCCGAUAGCACAAGCACUGUUGUCCGGACUCGACUGGAAGACAUUUGCAAAUACAAUUGUACGCAAUCAGAGAUAACAGAAUCUUUUUUAUUCUACUCAGGGAUCUUGGAUCCACGCUGGACGGCCUCGAUCUCUCCAAUGUUUCUAAGCCACUGAGAGAGUCUUGGGAAAUUCUCAACUUCUUCUAAUCUGCGAGAGUUGAUCCAAGGCCAGGAGCAGAGAUCGGCAAUUGACAGGUGAUCACCCACUAGAUAACCUGUCUUGUUGCGGGCAAGUCUCUCUUCCAAAACAGAGAAUAAUCUAAUUGUCUCAUUUUUAUAUCUCUCAAUUGCGUAUGGAACCUUCUCCGGAGCGUAGUACACAAAAUGGUGGUACUGGCCCUUCAUUGGACCCAGACCAGCCAUUUGAAAGAAGACCCACUCCAAUUGCUCGUAAUACAAGUCAGUACCGUAUUCAUAACUGUAUUUUCUGUCCUUGUCGUAUUUGUCACAAAGGUACAUCAUAAUGGCAGCACUCUCAUUCACAUGGGUCACUUUUCCAUUGGCGGAAACAUCGGUAAGAGAAGGUAUUCUUCCGUUAGGAUUGAAUUGGAGAUACCAAUCCUCCUUACACUCGCCUUUCAUGAUAUCAAUUUUGCGGACAUGAUAAUCAAGGCCUAGUAAUUCAAGCAGAAUCGACACUUUCUGGCCGUUCGGAGUAGCCUGAGAGUACAGCUUGAUGUAAGGAGCCUCCAGUCCAGAUUCUUUAGGGUCGCUUUCGUCAAUAAUGUAGUGAACCAUUCUUUAUGAACUCAAUUGAGAAGAAAACGUAGAUGUUAAACCAAUUUAG